GUCAAAUUCAGAGAUAAACGCUUCGUCAAAUUUGACAAAGCUGUCUGGGAGUUUUUGCAUUUUUUUCGAUUAUUUUUCAUAACAAAAUUAUUGAUUGAUCUCAAAAUCCGCAAUACCUGCAUGAAUGAAAAUGUCUGUAGAAAUAAAUGAAAGUUCUUUGUCUUCUAGGGUUCAAGAAGAAUUGGAAGCUCUGGAGGCUAUUCUGAUGGAUGAUAUUUCCAUUUCCUAUAACGAAAGGGGCAACCCAGAGUUAAUCAAAACCACAAUAUUUCCUUCUACUGCCAAUGAAGUAGAUAAACAAUAUGUUUGUGUUACAUUAGAGGUAAAACUUCCUGAAGAGUACCCAGACUGCGAGCCAGUUGUUCAAUUGAGGAAUCCUAGAGGCUUAGACGAUUCCACAAUAAACCAUUUGUAUAAAUCAAUAAAAGAGAAAUGUGUUGAUAAUGUUGGACAACCCGUUAUAUUUGAACUUAUAGAUCUUAUACGAGAAAACCUGACUGAAAGCAAUCUUCCAACAUGUCAGUGUGCUGUAUGUCUCUAUGGAUUUUGUGAAGGUGAUAGCUUCACAAAAACACAGUGUUUUCACUAUUUCCAUUCAUACUGCCUGGCGAAUCAUGUUAGUAUAACGAAGAGGCAUUUUCAGGAGGAACAAGAUAAGUUACCAGCUUGGCAAAAGUCUACCAAAGGAUUUCAGGCUACCUGCCCUGUGUGCCGUGAACCGAUAGAAUGUAAUGUAGAUGAAUUGAAGACUGCUAAUCCUCCAAAGGAAUUAGAGAGUGCUCAAAAAUUCGAGGUCAGCAAUGACCUUCGACUAUUACAGGAGAGAAUGAGACAGUUGUUUAGUUACCAAAAGAGUAGAGGAGGUAUAAUUGAUGUUGAAGCUGAGGAGAAUAAAUUAUUGCUGAUUACACAGUCUGGUGAGGAAAAUGUUUCUAGUGAAGGCACUGAGGAUCCUGGACCUAGCUUAUCAAAUCUGAAUCACCCGGUUCUAGACAACGGGGUGUUGAAGAAAAACCAAAGAUGUGAUGUCAAAGUAAGUUCCAAUGGCAGAUGACCAAGGCAUUCCAGAUGUAUUGAAUUUCUCAAUUCUAGUGUCAUAUUUAAAUACUCUUUUAGAUGUUUUUAAUUUAUUCACUAGGAUAAAUGUUAUAUAUAGAUGUUUUUAUUUCUAGUUUACAAUUUUUUAUUCUAUUUAUUCUAUUAAUGUGAAACGUAAAGAUGUUGAACAAGUACGACAUAUUUGAAUGUG